UAUUUUAGUCUUAAAAAAUCACUUUUUCUUUUUGGUUUGCCUUUUCUUCGCUGCACUUAGUGAUUAGCACGACUGGCAGCUCAUCAUUCCCUCCACCCUCUCUCUAGCUCACGCUAUUGCAAAUCACUUUCCCAUUGCAGUUCAAAAUUAGUGCUUCUCGGUUUCGUAAUUGGAUUUCGAUCUGUUAAUCGCAUCGCUUAGCAUCAAUUCAGUUCCGACGAUUAGAAACUCAUUUACAAAGCCUGUGAAAGCAACUCAUUCAUCCUUGGAUACUCUUCAUCAUUCUCGUUGAUAAAAGUAGAGAAAGAAAUUGGAGACACUGCAAGACUACUAUGUCUGUUUCAAUGAGAGAUUUGGAUCCAGCUUUCCAAGGGGCAGGCCAGAAAGCUGGGAUUGAGAUAUGGCGCAUUGAGAAUUUUCGUCCUGUUCCUAUUUCAAAAUCACAUUAUGGAAAAUUUUUCACAGGAGACUCUUAUGUUGUUCUGAAGACCACUGCCUUAAAAAGUGGUGCCUUACGGCAUGAUAUUCAUUAUUGGCUUGGUAAAGAUACAAGUCAGGACGAAUCUGGUGCUGCAGCCAUUAAAACAGUUGAGUUAGAUGCAGCCCUUGGAGGACGUGCUGUACAAUAUCGUGAAGUACAAGGUCAUGAAACUGAGAAGUUCCUUUCUUAUUUCAAGCCAUGUAUAAUUCCUCAAGAAGGUGGAGUGGCAUCAGGGUUCAAGCAUGCUGAGUUAGAAGAGCACAAGACCUCUCUAUAUAUAUGCAAAGGAAAACAUGUUGUCCAUGUGAAAGAGGUUCCUUUUGCCCGUUCUUCACUCAAUCAUGACGAUAUCUUUAUUCUUGAUACCAAGUCUAAAAUCUUCCAAUUUAAUGGAGCCAAUUCAUCUAUUCAAGAGAGGGCUAAAGCACUUGAAGUUGUUCAGUAUAUUAAAGAUACUUACCAUGAUGGCAAAUGUGAGGUGGCUGCAAUUGAGGAUGGCAAACUGAUGGCUGAUGCUGACACGGGAGAAUUCUGGGGGUUGUUUGGUGGCUUUGCUCCACUUCCAAGGAAAACAGCUAUUGAUGAGACUAAAAGUCUAGAUGUUCUUUCCACCAAAUUGUAUAGAGUUGAUAAAGGGCAGGCAGUACCAAUUGAGGCUGAUUCAUUGACAAAGGAGUUGCUGGAUACAAAUAAAUGCUACAUUCUUGAUGCUGGAAUUGAAGUCUGUGUGUGGAUGGGAAGGAGUACUUCUCUUGAUGAAAGGAAAACUGCAAGUGGAGCUGCAGAUGAAUUAUUAAUUGGCCUUGAUAGAACAAAAUGCCAUGUAGUUCGUGUAAUAGAAGGAUUUGAAACAGUGAUGUUUCGCUCGAAGUUUGACUCUUGGCCCCACUCAGCUGAAGUGGCUGUAUCAGAGGAUGGUAGAGGCAAGGUUGCUGCACUUUUAAAGCGUCAAGGGGUUAACGUGAAGGGUCUAAUGAAAGCGGCUCCUCCCAAGGAAGAACCUCAACCUUAUAUAGAUUGCACAGGAAAUUUGCAGGUUUGGCGUGUGAAUGCUCAGCAGAAAAUGCUUCUUGAAGCAUCUAACCAGUCAAAGUUCUACAGUGGAGACUGUUAUAUAUUUCAAUAUUCUUAUAUGGGUGAAGAUAAAGAGGAAUAUCUUAUUGGCACAUGGUUUGGAAAGCGAAGUGUUGAGGAUGAUCAAGUCUCAGCAACCUUACAAGCAAGUACAAUGGUUGAGUCCCUGAAGUUCUCUGCUACUCAGGCUCGCAUCUACGAAGGAUAUGAACCAAUCCAGUUCUUUGCAAUCUUCCAGAGUUUUAUUGUUUUCAAGGGUGGAUUGAGUGAAGCAUACAAGAAAUUCCUGGCCGAAAAUGAACUUCCUGAUGAUACGUAUAAUGAGGAUGGAAUUGCGUUGUUUCGAGUACAGGGCACUGGACCUGAUAACAUGCAAGCCAUCCAAGUUGAACCAGUUGCAUCAUCCUUGAACUCCUCCUACUGUUACAUACUACACAAUGGCUCCUCUAUCUUUACUUGGUCUGGAAAUCUCACAAGCUCUGAGGACCAGGAACUUGUUGAGAGGCAAUUGGAUCUUAUAAAGCCUGACUUGCAGUCUAAGCUGCAGAAAGAAGGUGCAGAAUCUGAAUUAUUUUGGGAUAUAUUGGGUGGAAAAUCUGAAUACUCUAGCCAGAAAACUGGAAGGGAUGCUGAAAGUGAUCCUCAUCUGUUCUUGUGCACCUUCUCAAAGGGAGAUCUGAAGGUGAAUGAAAUUUACAACUUCAAUCAGGAUGAUCUUAUGACUGAAGACAUAUUCAUCCUUGAUUGUCAUUCAGACAUUUAUAUCUGGGUUGGGCAGCAGGUUGAAUACAAGACUAAAAUGCAAGCUUUAGCUAUUGGGGAGAAAUUCCUCGAGCAUGAUUUCCUUCUGGAGAAGUUAUCUCGCCAGGCUCCAAUAUACAUUGUUAUGGAAGGGAGUGAACCUCCUUUCUUCACUCGCUUUUUCACCUGGGACUCUGAAAAAUCUGCUAUGCACGGAAACUCAUUCCAAAGGAAACUUACUAUACUGAAAAGUGGGGGCACCCCAGCAGUGGAGAAAGUGAAAAGGAGAACGACUAGUUCAUAUGGUGGAAGGUCUGCUGCACCAGAUAAAUCACGUUCUAGAAGCAUGUCAUCCAGCCCUGACCGAGUUCGAGUCAGGGGUAGAUCUCCUGCAUUCAAUGCCCUAGCUGCUAAUUUUGAGAACCCAAAUGCAAGGAACCUUUCAACUCCUCCACCAAUGGUAAGAAAGGUUUAUCCAAAAUCUGUUACCCCAGAUUCAGCAAAACUGGCUCCCAAGUCAUCAGCCAUUUCAGCACUGAGUGCAACCUUUGAAAAACAUCCUCCACCCCGGGAAGUCAUUAUACCACGCUCUAUUAAAGCGAGCACUGAAGCACCAAAACCGAACCCCGAUGAUAAUUCUAAACGGAACUCUACUAGUUCUAGUGGAGUAGAGGUGCCCAAACCUAAACCAGAAGCAAUGCAAGAAGAGGUAAAAGAGGGUGAAGCUAAAGAUGAUGGACAUCCAGUAUACCCUUAUGACCAGCUCAAAACAACAUCAAAGGAUCCUGUUACUGAAAUUGAUGUAACAAAACGAGAGACAUAUUUGUCCUCGGUGGAGUUCAGAGAGAAAUUUGGAAUGACUAAGGAUGCUUUCUAUAAGUUACCAAAGUGGAAGCAGAACAAACUGAAAAUGACCCUUCAAUUGUUCUAAAGCAUCAGAUCGGAUCCUGUGUUCAGCAGUUGGGGUCCGGUUUCAGGUCAGGGAUGGCAUCAGUGCAUUUUUAGCUGCUUCUGCUCCUGAUGUUUGUUUCCUAGUUGGUGGAGGGAAUAGAAGAUCCAUUAACUUCUUCACUUUGAGUUAUCUAUUCUUUAAUGGGUUGGUUGCUUGAUAUUCUUUUCUGGUCAUAGCCUUGUUGUGAGCUUGUAAUUUGUUUGUGCUUCAUUUUUAUUUAUUUAUUUAUUUUCAUUUUCAUUUUCUGCAAAUUUUGCCAUUAACCCUAUGAUUUCCGGUUCAUUAGGGUGCUUUUGGUAGAUAACUACUAGUUGUCCUUGUGGCAAUCUGGAUGUAUGGGAAUCUAGAUUGCCUGUAAUUUUAUUGGUGGCAAUUAGCAAAAUCGCCAUUAUAGGUUUUACUGUGAGUGAGUGUGCAGAUGUGUAAACUAGUCCGCUUGUUAUUGCUUGGCCAAUGACUCAAUGAAGCUACAAACUUUAUUAUGAGU